AUGUAUGCAUACAAUCUUGAAGCAUUUUUGGCAUAUUUCGAUGUUACAAAAGAUGUUGAUACUUGUCUUGUAUAUUCAACAGGUUUAAAUCUUCCUUCACUUUGGGAAUAUUUCCUUUCAAAUGGUGCAAAUAUUAAUGCAAGAUGUAAAGAGCUCAAUCUUUUUAUAUUACAAUUUGCAAUAACAUUUAAUUGCAGCGAAGCAGUAGAAUUUCUUAUUUCACAUGGAAUAGAUAUCAAUGAAAAAAUGAGUAAUAAUAGCAUGACUGCUCUUCACUGGGCAAUAAGAUAUAAAAGCAUAGAAACAGCAGAUGUUCUUAUCUCCCAUGGAAUUGAUAUAAAUGGGAGAGAUAUUCGUGGACAAACUGCACUCAAUCUUGCAGUGUAUUUAAAUUACGAAGAUUUUGUAAAUCUUCUCCUUUCACGUGGUGCAGAUAUAAAUACAAAAGAUAACGAUGGGAACAGUCCUCUUCAUAAAGCAACAAUGGAAAAUUGCCAAGAUGUUGUAAAUCUUCUCAUUAAUUCUGGAGCAGAUAUUAAUCUGACUAAUUAUGAAAGUAAAACUGCACUUCAUAUUGCAGCAGAAAAGGAUUAUUCAGAAAUUGCAAACAUUCUACUUUCACAUUUUGCAAACAUUAAUAUAACAGAUAAAAAUGGUAAUACAGCUCUUGAUAUUGCAAUAAAAUGUAACAGUGAGAAAACCUCAGAAAUUCUUCUCAAUCAAGUUCUAUAA